AUGGAUGUAAAAAUAAAUAGAAAUGAGUAAGUUUUAUUGUUUCGAAGGCACACUCAAAAAUUUGUGUUGCGGGUCUCGCAACGAAGUACAAGCAAACAUCUCGUUUUGUUUUUCGUUUGGAAAAAAAUGAAAAAAAUUUAGUUUUUGCGAUGAAAAUUCUGGCUUUCAGAGCUUGUAAGCAACAAUUAGACAAACGUCCACCGUCUUCAUUGUCAACUGGUAGUUCUGAUAGUGGUGUAUUUGCCUCAGGUGUUCAUGCUUCGUCACAACCAACAGAACCAUCGUCAGCUGCACAAACUGGACCACCAAGUCCUACUCAACAACAAAAUCAAAUUCAUCAUCAAAACGAGGAAUCUAAUGAUGUAAUUUCAAUCAAAAUAUUUUUUGAAAAUUACAGUCUCAAUUUUUCAGCUCACUUCAUUGAUUUAUCAUGCGGCCAAUUUGAUUGCAGUCAACGAACAAUUCCGAAAUGGAAAUGUUACUCAAAGUAACAAUCUUUUGAAUCGAACAGCAGAAAUUGAAAAUAUCUCACCACAUCAACAACAUUUCGAUGCGAUGAAACCAGAACUUUUGAUGGAUCAUUCUCCACGUUCCUUGAUGCCUGGACCACCGUAAGUUUUUAUUUCAAAAAUAUUUUGAAGUCAAUAAAUCCAUUUGAAAAUUUCAGACGUGUUCGUGCUGGUGGCGCAGAACGUCGUAUGCAAAAACCGGAAUCGUUCAAGACAGUUAUUUGUCAAGCUUGGCUUGAAUCAAAAACUUGCGCGUUUGCUGAAAAUUGCCGUUUUGCUCACGGAGAAGAAGAAUUGAGACCAUCAAAGUUGGUUUGAAAUUUGUUUCAUUUUAAUCAUCACACAUAACAAAAAAUAUUCAGGGUUGAACCGCGUCAAAACAAUAAGUACAAAACAAAAUUGUGCGAUAAAUACACCACAACUGGUCUUUGUCCAUACGGUAAAAGAUGUCUUUUCAUUCAUCCAGAUCACGGACCAAAUGCAUAUAUUCGUGCUGACAAAUUAUUUGAAGUAAGUCAAUAUCAAAAAUUUCCCAAUAAAUAAUAAUUAUUGCUUCAGGUCUCACAACGUCAUGCAAUGGCUGAUUUGCGUGAUAAAAUGGAAUCGCAAAUUAUGACUGGUACAGUAACACGUCGUCCACCGGUUAUCACACCAUCACCAAUUCUUCGACCAUCAACACCAGUCGAAAAUAUGCCACCUCAAAAAAUGGCUCAACCAUUGGGACCAACUCCAUUGCGUGUUCCACGUUAUUUGGGUAGAAAUCAGCCAACACCACCACAAUUUGAUGAAUUGUCUGCUCUUCGUCCACAUCCAAGUUGGCCACUCGAACCAAAUUCAUUUUUCACUAAUGAUACCAACAAGAUUGGCGCAAUCAGUAGACCAGUUAGUCCAUUUGAAUCGAUGUUGAUUGCUGCUUCAGUUGGUCCAUAUACUUCGAUGUUGGGUAAGAAUUUCACAAAAAGUUCCCGAAUUUAAAAUAUCAAAAUGUUGAUUUUUUCAGGAGCAACAAACUCAACUCCAGGCGGUGUUUCUGGUUAUGCUUCAGGUGGAUCAACUCCAUAUCAAGAUCUUGAAGCAUCUCCAUAUUCUCCAAAUAUCGCGGCUCUUACUCAACAAUUUUUGUCAUCUGCUGCAAUUCAACCAUCUUCAACCGCUCCACUUUCUUCUCGUUGUUUUGAGGAUGAUUCAUUCUCGAUGGUCCCCGGUGGUUUUGAUCAUUUGGCUGAAGAUAUGGCGAAACAUUUGGAUUUGUGGUGA